GAAAGCACAGGCGGAGUGAUCCUCAAAUUCCCCAGCGCCGGCGGGGAGGGGGCGGUGCGGGAGGAGAGCGAGGAAAGUAGAUUUGUAGGACGUGAGUGAGGAAAGUUUGCAAGUCCCAACAGAAGGCAAAGUGCUCCCUAGAGACUGGCUUUGGGGAGGGGAGGGGGGAGGGAAGAACAGCUUCCUUCUCUUCUUGUUCUCGCUCUCCCUCUCUGUCUUAUUUUAAUCCCUGCACUCUUCAAAAUCUCUUCCCCCAAGUGCACCGGCACAAUCGGGACACUCACUGUCCCUUUCUAGCUCUAGCUCUCUUCCCAAUAACCCCUCAAGAUUAUGUCAAUCGGUCUGAAGAGACCUGGGAUUCUCUGCGGGCGCUGACGGAGCUGCGGGAGCCAGAGAAGAAUGCAAGUGCCUGGAGUGUGCCUGGCCGCCGGCUGGUUCUUACUGGCCCUGUGUCUGUGGGGGCAGCCGGGAGAGGCUGCGGCCUGCCAUGGGUGUUCUUCUGGAUCAAAAUGUGACUGCAGUGGUAUAAAAGGAGAAAAGGGAGAACGGGGCUUUCCAGGCUUAGAAGGCCAUCCAGGUUUACCAGGAUUUCCAGGUCCAGAAGGGCCUCCAGGACCUCGGGGACAAAAGGGUGAUGAUGGAAUUCCAGGGCCACCAGGACCAAAAGGAAUCAGAGGUCCUCCUGGACUUCCUGGAUUUCCAGGGACACCAGGCCUUCCUGGGAUGCCAGGCCACGAUGGGGCUCCAGGACCUCAAGGUAUCCCUGGAUGCAAUGGAACCAAGGGAGAACGCGGAUUUCCAGGCAGUCCAGGCUUUCCCGGUUUACAAGGACCUCCAGGACCACCUGGGAUCCCAGGUAUGAAGGGGGAGCCAGGCAGUAUAAUCAUGUCAUCUCUGCCAGGGCCAAAGGGUAAUCAAGGAUACCCAGGUCCUCCUGGAAUACAAGGUCCACCUGGUCCCAAGGGUGUAUCAGGGCCAAGUGGUCCUCCAGGACCACCAGGUUUAAUGGGCCCUCCUGGCCCACCAGGCCCACCGGGACCAAAGGGGAAUAUGGGCUUAAAUUUCCAGGGACCCAAAGGCGAAAAAGGUGAACAAGGUCUUCAGGGUCCACCUGGUCCACCUGGGCAGAUCAGUGAACAGAAAAGACCAAUUGACCUAGAUUUUCAGAAAGGCGAUCAGGGAGUUCCCGGUGAUAGAGGGCCUCCUGGACCUCCGGGAAUACCUGGUCCUCCCGGUCCUCCUGGUGGUGUGAAAGGUGAAAAGGGUGAGCCCGGAGAGCCAGGCAAAAGAGGUAAACCAGGCAAAGAUGGAGAGACUGGUCAACCAGGAAUCCCAGGUUUGCCUGGUGAUCCUGGUUACCCUGGUGAACCAGGAAGGCAUGGUGAAAAGGGCCAAAAGGGUGAUACUGGCCCACCUGGACCACCUGGAUUUGUAAUUCCUACACCUGGAACUGGUGUGACUAUUGGAGCAAAAGGAAAUAUUGGGCAACCUGGUUUGCCUGGAGAAAAAGGAGAGCGAGGAUUUCCUGGCAUACAAGGUCCACCUGGCUUUCCUGGACCUCCAGGGACAGCUGUCAUGGGUCCCCCUGGUCCUCCUGGAUAUCCUGGUGAAAGGGGCCAGAAAGGUGAUGAAGGUCCCCCUGGAAUUUGUAUUCCUGGAUCUCCUGGACUUGAUGGACAGCCUGGAGCUCCUGGCUUUCCAGGACCUCCUGGUCCUCCUGGCCCCCAGUUACCCCCGAGUGAUGAAAUCUGUAAAGCAGGCCCUCCAGGGCCCCCAGGAUCUCCAGGUGACCAAGGACUCCAAGGAGAGCAAGGAGUAAAAGGUGACAAAGGUGAUACUUGCUUCAACUGUAUUGGAACUGGCAUUUCAGGGCCUCCAGGCCAACCAGGUUUACCAGGUCUCCCAGGUCCUCCAGGAUCUCUUGGAAUCCCUGGAGAGAAGGGCGAGAAAGGACAAGCUGGGACAACUGGUCCAAAAGGAUUGCCAGGCAUUCCUGGACCUCCAGGUGCUCCAGGCUUUCCAGGGUCUAAGGGUGACCCUGGUGAUGUUCUCACUCUUCCGGGAAUGAAAGGUGAAAAAGGAGAAUUGGGUUCCCCUGGAGCUCCAGGGCUUCCUGGUCUACCUGGUAGUCCUGGAAAGGAUGGUUUGCCAGGACUUCCUGGCCCCAAAGGAGAGCCCGGUGGAAUCACUUUUAAGGGUGAAAGGGGUCCUCCUGGGAACCCAGGUUUACCAGGUCUCCCAGGAAAUAUGGGACCUACAGGCCCUGUUGGUUUUGGGCCUCCAGGCCCCGUAGGUGAAAAAGGCAUACAAGGUGUGGCGGGAAAUCCAGGCCAGCCAGGAUUACCAGGUCCUAAAGGUGAUCCAGGCCAGACCAUCAGCCAGCCAGGAAAGCCUGGCUUGCCAGGGAAUCCAGGCAGAGAUGGUGAAGUGGGUCUUCCAGGUGAUCCUGGACUUCCAGGCCAACCAGGCCUACCAGGAAUACCUGGUAGCAAAGGAGAACCAGGUAUCCCUGGGAUUGGGCCUCCAGGACCACCUGGUCCCAAAGGUUUUCCAGGAAUUCCUGGACCUCCAGGACCUCCUGGGGCCCCUGGAAGAAUGGGCCCAGAAGGGCCUCCUGGGUUACCGGGCUUUCCAGGACCCAAGGGAGAGCCAGGAUUUGGGUUACCUGGGCCACCUGGGCCACCAGGAUUCCCAGGUUUCAAAGGAACACCUGGUCCAAAAGGUGAUCGUGGUUUACCAGGACCUCCAGGUCCUCCAGGACACACUGGCUUGGAUGGGCUACCUGGACCAAAAGGUGAUGCUGGACCAAAUGGACAACCUGGCCCAAUAGGGCCACCAGGGCUGCCAGGAAUUGGUCUUCAGGGACCACCAGGACCACCAGGGACUCCAGGGCCAAUAGGCCAACCUGGCUUACAUGGAAUACCAGGAGAGAAGGGAGAUCCAGGACCUCCUGGGCUUGAUGUUCCAGGACUCCCUGGAGAGAGAGGUAGUCCAGGGCUCCCUGGAGCCCCUGGUCUUAUAGGACCUCCAGGAUCACCUGGUAUCCCUGGAAGAGCAGGUGUCCCUGGAUUUCCAGGUGUCAAAGGCGAAAUGGGUAUGAUGGGACCUCCAGGCCCACCGGGACCUUUGGGUACUCCUGGCAGGAGUGGUGCUCCUGGUCUUAAAGGUGAUGACGGCAUGCAAGGUCAGCCAGGUCUCCCUGGCCCUGUAGGAGAAAAGGGUGGUAAGGGAGAACCUGGCCUUCCAGGUCCUCCUGGACCAAUGCGUCCAGAUUUCCUGGGAUCAAAAGGAGAAAAGGGUGAUCCUGGCUUACCAGGUAUUCCUGGACUUUCCGGACCAAAAGGCUACCAGGGAUUACCUGGAGACCCAGGGCAACCUGGGCUGAGUGGACAGCCGGGAUCACCAGGACUACCAGGUCCCAAAGGUACUCCUGGUCUCCCUGGUCCACCAGGACUUACCGGACCUCCUGGACCUAAAGGAAACAUUGGCGACAUGGGUUUUCCUGGCCCUCAAGGUGUAGAUGGGCCUCCUGGACCUCCUGGAGGUCCUGGACAACCUGGCUCUCCCGGGUUGCCUGGCCAGAAAGGAAGUAAAGGAGAACCUGGAGUUUCAGGCAUUGGUCUCCCUGGUCUUCCUGGUCCAAAGGGUGAACCUGGUCUGCCUGGAUAUCCAGGAAACCCAGGUAUCAAAGGUUCUAUGGGCGAGGCUGGUCUGCCUGGCUUACCAGGAAGCCCUGGAGCAAAAGGUCAACCCGGCCUGCCCGGAUUCCCAGGAACACCAGGGCUUCCUGGACCAAAGGGUAUGAAUGGUCCUCCUGGUAACCCUGGCCUUCCAGGAGAACCUGGUCCUGUAGGUGGUGGAGGGCGUCCUGGACCACCAGGACCUCCUGGUGAAAAAGGCAAGCCAGGUCAAGAUGGCAUUCCUGGACCAGCAGGACAAAAGGGAGAACCAGGUCAACCAGGCUUUGGAAUCCCAGGACCUCCUGGACUCCCAGGACUUUCUGGUCAAAAGGGUGAUGGAGGAGCCCCUGGCCUUCCAGGAAAUCCUGGCCUUCCAGGUUCAAAGGGUGAACCAGGCUUUCAGGGAUUCCCUGGUAUGCCAGGUCCCCCAGGUCCCCCUGGUUCUCCUGGCCCAUCUUUGGAAGGUCCCAAAGGAAACCCUGGGCCUCAAGGCCCUCCUGGGAGACCAGGUCCUCCAGGUUAGCUCUUUAACUCCAAAGUAGUAACUGCAUGAAAUUUGAAAUUGUGCCUGUGCAUUUAUGUACAUAUUAUAUAUGUGUGUAUAUACACAUAUGUGCCUGUUUAUCAAUGUGUGUGUGUGUGUGUGUUUAAUGCUUUCAAGUUUUUAAAUAUAUUUUAAGAGCAUAUGCCAAUUCAGUUUUUAAAUAGUGGCCUGGACCCAAGUUGUCAGAGUAUUGUACUGCCAAGUAUUUCUCUUGGAAUGAUUCCACAUUAUCCAAUUAGGGAGAUUAACUAAAUGAAAUACUUGAAAAUUAAUACUUCUGUGUCAUUUUUAAUUGAAAUUUUAAAGUACUCAAUUUUGUGAAAGUAUGCUUUCUCUUUGUUAGAAUGUAUUUUUAUUAUUGCCUUAAAUUUUUAUUCAAUGAAAUUAAACUUAUUCAGAAAAGCAUUUUAAUAAUAAAUAAUAUGGAUUAUCAGAUUCUGUAGAUGAUGCAGUCCUUGAUUCACUAAUGGGGAGACCUUUUUUCUUUAAAUGAACUAAAUAUUUACUAUAGUUUGUAGAGGGGGAACCCAUGAAUCCCUAUGUCAAUUGAUUUCUUGAUUUAUUUCUACCACACCAACCCAUGCACAUGAAUAUUAUUCAUACAUGCACACAUAUGCAAAGUGUUGUAUGUAUAAGAAUUAUUAGGAAAUUUCUUAAGAUGCAAACUCUGAAGACAAAUUUCAUCAAGACAACUAUGGUAGAGGAGACCCCAUUAUAACAGAGACAAGGAAAUAAGCCAGCUCCCAAUAAAACAAGAACAAAGACUUCCAGGGACCGAAAGAGAAAGUUAUUGACUGAAACUUACUAAGAGGUGCUUAAAAGCAGGAGGAGUCCUUUUUUAUUGGAUUAUUUUUUAUUUACAUUUUAAAUGUUAUUCCCUUUCCUGGUUUCCUGUCCAUAAACCCCCAUCCCCUCCCCCUCCCCUUCUUCUAUAUGGGUAUUCCCCUCCCCAUCUACCUCACUUCCACCCCACCCCCGACAUUCCCCCACACUGGGAUUCCAACCUUGGCAUGACCAAGGGCUUCUCCUCACAGGAGGAGUCUUAAACUGACUUCAUGUGAUUCUCACUAAAGGCAAGCCAAGGACUUAAGACAUCAGAGUAAGGAAUGAGGAACUCGAUCAGAUGCUAACUAACUAUUGGAGAUUUAGAGGUUGAAAGGUACUAAACUGAUUUGGUUAGAUUUUGUCUGUAACUGGCCUUGGUAUGCAAAAAAGGGGGAGGAGUAUGCUAGAGUGAGACCUAGAAAGAAGUCUCACAGAUGCUGGUUUAAUGUUUGGUCAAAGAGAGGGUCAUUAUUGACACAGGAACACUGAGAACGAAAAUUAUUAAGGUUGUGACUUAAAGUCAUGCAUACUCUUAGGGACUGAGUGGGACUCCCCAUUACUCAAGAUAAAUGUCUCUUCUACUAGUAGCACCCUAUAAUUUUUGCACAAAACUUUAAUGUUUAUGAUCUGAUCUCUUGAUAAGUUUUUGGAGCAAAACUGCUUUUAUCGUGUUAGCAGUCUUAUAGCUAGCUAGAUCUUAGCUCCAGUUUCUCCUCCUCCUCUUCUUCUGACUCCUCUUCCUCCUCCUCUUUCCCCUAUUCCUCUUCUCCUUCUACUCCCUCUCCUCCUCUUCUUCCUCUCCUCCACCUCCUACUUCUCCCUCUUCAUCUCCUUCUCCACCUCCUUCUUUCUCUUCUACUUUUUGUUAACCUCGCAUCUCCAUCAAUCCCUAAUAACAUUGUCUUACAUUCUUCCUCGUGGAUGUCCUUGAGUAGAUUAAGGCCAUGAAAGUGAUUUAACUAUCAACAAGAUAAAGACAAGAUGAGGGGGUACUUUGAAGCAAUUUUCACUGUUAUUCUGUCUAACUUGCCUAGAAUUCUGCUGCCUUGAUCAUUGCUAGACUGGACUGCUAGAUAAGUUUUUGUUUUGUUUUAUUCUUGCAAUACAAGAAUGUAUUUGCAUAAAAAAGAGCAAAAUAGCCCCAACACGUUUAAAGUCAAUUGAACAACUUGCCAUUUGUUAAACAUGAUCAAAUUGUAGUUAUUUAAACCUUGCCUCUGUGAUUUUACAAUAGGUAAAGAGAGCAACUUUGAGUGGAAAUUAGAAUUAAAAUAUACCAGUUGACUCUAUAACCUACCUUCAGUUUCUUUUUCAGUUAAAUUUAAGUACAUGAUUUGAAAAUUAGUAGAUGAGGCCUGAUACAUAAAAUUGACUUGGCAUAAAACUCAUUAAUAUGCAGACCUUUAGAAAUUAAACUCUUAGAAAUUUUGCUAUGAUAUGGUACAAAGUUUCCCAUACAGAUGAAUCAUUAAAAUGUCUCAUAUCAAUAAAAUAUCUUUCUGAAUAUUUUUAUUAUUGGAUCAUUUUAAAGCUAAUAUUCAUAGAACAUAUCUUCACUUUGAAUUAUGCUAAGAAGCAUUUCUAAUCUAGUUAAUUGGGUGUCCAGACUGGAAGUCAUUGGCUAAUUUGUUGUAUGUGGUUUGGAGACAAUUUACAUAAACUGAAAUAUAUUAUUGUAAGUUUCCAAUUCACAAAUGCUCCUAAAUUUUUGGUUUUAAUCAUCAUUGUGUUCUUUUAGCAUCUUACACAUAGCAGACAGUGGUUCUACAUUUCGAAACUUGACUUUGAUCCUUAUAUAAACGGGCAAGGCAGGGCAGUAUAGCAAAGACUGUCUUCAUUACAUUCAGAGAGAUUGAAUUGUCCACGGUUACAUAGUUACUAAGAAGCAGGGUCAAGAAGUCCCAAGGUCUUUUACUCAAUGGUCGACCACCACUUCAUUCUCUUUGAAAUUCAAUGUUCAUAAAUCAUAGCAAGAACUCUAAGAAAAGAGAAAUUGUGUUUAGAGUUAAUUGAUACUAACUAAAGAGUGUUCUGUAUGUAGACUUUAAUAUUGUUACAUCAUGUGUCUUCUUCAAAUGAUGAAUAAUCUGAUAAUAAAGCAUAGAAUAAUACUUUUUUAAAAUGUUGUAAUACUUAAAUGGCUUGCAUGCCAGAAUAUUUUUAAAGUACCCCUUUACCAAUAGUCUUCAUAUCAUUGGAAAAUUAGAAUAUUUAUUUCUAAGUUCAAUAGCUCUUUAUGCUUAACUCCUAAUUUAUUAUGAAAAAUUAAAAUAUGACCAUAUAAAAGGUAUUCAAAUAAGGCAAACAAAAGCAAAAGUAGUAAUGGUGUGUGUGUGUACCCUGGUUUUAUUUUUCCAUUGAGUCACAGGUGAGCUUUCUAAUUAUAUUUUUGCCUAUGAGGCUUGGAAAGUUGACUCUUCCUAUCAUAUUGGUUCACUCUGAACAUCAAAAUACAUUUUUACUUCAUCUUUCUGUUAAAGGUGGCAUAGAUUUAAAUAUUUUUCACAGUUACUACUUUGUUAAAGAAAAUGAAGACUUUUGGUGAAAUGGUACUAUCUUGCUAACUUGAAUGUUUUGAGAAGCUAAUGUUUAGAAAUGUCCAUUAGUAAUGUUAACACAGUCUCUUUAAUAGAUCCUCCAUCCUAUUAAUGGCCAACAACUUAUUCUAUGGAAUAGUCUCUAUUUUUAAAAGAUUUAGUUCUCUAUAUUUCUGGAUCAGUCUGUUUGCCUCUUGAUUGUGCUAUAGGCAUAAGAAAUGCAUACAAAGAGAAUUACUGUUCAACUUGAUCUAUAAUGUGAACCACUUCUAACUCAUAAUCUUAUUUUGUACUGUGUGAUGUCUGAUACUGCUAACAUCGAUCUUUGGGCUUUGGUGAACUCUGAUCUUCCCAGGUUUUCAAGGUUAGACUCUUCACUGGUCAGUUUUCUCUUUUAUUAAAUGUUUUAUAUAUGUAAUAAGAGAAAUGCACUUUAUUAUUGCAAUUCAUAAGUCAUUGAAAAGUGAUGUCAUUCUCAAAUACUAUCGUAUUGGGUUUUGACAUUUUUGACUUAUUUACUAUUGAAUUUAAAAUGAUAUCAGAUUUUUGUGGUCUGAUUGUUUGUGAUAGAUACUUUAAUAUAAAUGCCUGGUAAAACUUAGAUAGCCAUACAAACACCUUUACAUUGUAAGCUGCAUCAAGAUAUUUAGUUAAGCAAGCAUCUUGAUAAUUUCUAAUCUCUGGAUAGGGAUUUUUUCUUGAAUUUUUUUGCCCACAGUUGCCCUGAUCUGUGUGAUCAAAGCUGUUUUCCAUAAGAGAGGAAGAAAGCUAUUGGAUACAGUUAAAAUAAAAUUCUGUUUUUUACUAGAAGGCUAAUUUAAUUUUUUGGAGAAGUGCAAAUACAUGUCUGAGAUGACAUAAAAUUCUCAGUAUUUUAUUUUAGUUGAUAAUAGAGCAGUGCCUUUUCCUCAAAUGAUGCCAUACUCUGGAAACUCCAAAUAGAGAAUGGUGGCAUGCAAAGGUUCAUUUUCCCUCUCUCAUAUCUUCCCUCAUCAUUGUUGUUGGUUUGCUUCAGAGCCUUCAGUUUUAGCUCAACUGUCUAAAUUGCUAGCAGACUUCUAGCCGAAAUUGUACAAAUUACCAAGUUUAUUUAGAAAAACUUAUUCUAGUGUAUUUGAGCUAAGCAGCUGUGGUUUUGUUUUUUUUUCAAGUACAAAGUAACCCCAAACCUUUCUUUACAAUUGCGAAAGGAGUUUUCGUGAUUGUGAUGUCUAUUUGCCAAGCCAAGUUGAUUGUAUGAUUUAAGUUGUCUAAAUGUCAAAAUUAAUUGCUGUAUUAUCACGAACUUGCUUCCUCUUUGUCAUAAUCAGAUAAUUAACACAUUAUGAAACCACUGAAAAUUCUUUAUACGUUAAAAAUGUCACAAGAUCCAUUCUUAUCUUUAAUUUUACUACUAAUAAUUAGUAGUAAUUAUAACUAUAAAAAUGCCAACAUUUCAUGGUUCUUAGGAUUGGGUGGGUGCUGAACUAAGCAUGUUUCAACAGCUGUUUCACUUAGUCUUUCCAAAAAACAGGUAAAACCCAAUGCUAUUUUUGUUUCUAUUUUAUAGAAGAAGAAAUUGAAGCUGAAAAGAUUAAUAAUCUUGUUAAAGUCACAGAGCUAAUCACUAAAGGAGCUAGGAUUCAAACCCAGCAUUGUAAUUCCAGUAUCCAGUGCUUCUAAUUACUGUGAUAUUCAGUCUUGUUAGUGUAUUUCCAUUGAUUUAGAAUAAUGAAAAUUAGGGAUGGUCAUUAAGGAUUGGGUUUUAUCUCAUGUCAAAAAUAAGACCUUUUGUCUACAAUAAACACCAGCCUACUGUUUCAAAUUCCUACGUAUAUAGGUUAGGAUUCCUUUAAAAAUCAUACCUGCAUAAAAACACUUUUUCUUGAAAUAUUUUUUUAAUUAAGACUUCCAUAGGAGAGAAGAUAUAUGUGCUAGCUUGACUUGGGGCUUUGAAAUUAUUUUCUUAAGACAAAAAAAAAUUAAUAGCCUCAGCCUCAGCCAGUAAGCACUCUACAAACAGUUAGCAUGUUUCCCUACCUUCUUCCAAAAGGCUUGCCCAGUGAUAAAGCCACCUGGUUGCUUAAGGGAACUGAUAUCUUUAUUUAGAACGAUAUGGUAAAAUAUAGAACAAAAUUUGACAAACCCAUGGAAAUACUUUGAAAUAAAUUUUAUAUGUCCUAUACUGAAACAAUAGAUAUAUGGCAUUUAAAACAUAUCCCAUAUGCCAAAUGUAUCACUAAAAUGGACUUAAAGUUAGUGUGCUUAACCGUUUUAACUGCUCAAUCAGUCAUUGCUCAGA